AAUUUGGUUACAGAUUGGGCUGAAGAUGAAGGUGACAAUGACUUGGACGAUGUUUUUGAUAUGCCAAUGGACGAUGAUCCAUACGUAUCAAACCAUGAAUUAAGAGUCUUUGUGGGUACUUGGAAUGUUGCUGGAAGAUCUCCGGUAGGGAGUUUGGCUGUAGAUGUGGAUGAAUGGCUAAAUCUAAAAGACGCAGCUGACAUUUAUGUUCUUGGUUUUCAAGAGAUUGUUCCCUUAAUAGCUAAAAAUGUAAUUGGAGCAGAAGACCCAACAGAAGCAACAAACUGGAACCUGCUGAUUGGGAAAACUCUCGAAGACAAAUACGGGUGCCCUUGGUUAACACCUCUGUUGAAUCCAAUAACGAGCGACGAUCAUCAAUAUCCUGCAGUUUCUGACACCGAAAGAAGAUUAAGUGUUAGCAGCCAAGCUACGACUCCAAUAAGAAGUCAGCCAAGGUUCCUACAGAGUAGAUACAAGCUCAUGGCAAGCAAGAAGAUGGUUGGAGUCUUCGUAACAGUGUGGAUGAAGAGGGAAUUGCUUACGAGGUAUUGCGUGUCAAGUGUGAAAGUUUGUUCGGUGGCUUGUGGUAUCAUGGGUUAUUUGGGAAACAAAGGAUCAGUUACAGUAAGCAUGUCAAUUGAAGGAACUAGUUUUUGCUUCGUUGCUGCCCACUUGGCUUCUGGUGAGAAGAAAGGGGAUGAAGGGCGAAGGAAUUACCAAGUGUCAGAGAUUUUUAGGCGAACUUCUUUCCCUCGACUCCCUCAAGACGGCAAUAAUUUUCAUCCUCUCACCAUCUUAGGACAUGAGUAAGUUUCCCUUCCAACACCUAUACGUUAUAUAAACAAAAAUAAGAG